AUGCUCAAGGACCUUUCUAGCAGGCUGAGGGACUUGAAGGGGGCGUUCGGCGUGAGCAUCUCUUUUCCGGCGAAGCGCUGGGUCUGUGCUGACGGGCGCGCUGGAGACAUCGAGCCGUUCAAGUGCGACUCCGACCCGGCGCCGCGCGCAAGCUCGUCCACGCGCGACUUCACGCAGGAGCAGGCGGAGAAGGCCAUCCUCUUGGAGCACGAGGAGGACGCACUCGAGCCCACGAUCGAACCUGAGGAGCUCGCGGAGGUCAUCCGCAAGACACCCGAGUACAUCAAGCAGAAGGAGCUAGAGAUCGCCAACUUCAAGCACAAGGCCAAGGAGCGCGAGCAGAAGUGGGAGCAUCGCCUCGUCGCUGCACGCGCGGCGGUCACGCAGGCGGAGACAGAGGAGGCCGCCGCCGAGGUGGACCUCGCCGCCAAGGAGGGCAAGCUGAAGCAGUUGAAAUACUGCCAUCGAGUGCAGCUCCGGCUGCCGCGCCAGACGGUGGCGAGCCUCGUCGGGGAGAGCCGGACGCUGAGCGCCUGCCUGCUCAAGUUCGACAACGCGUCGAUCGGCUGCCGGCUCGCCCUCGCGCCGUCGGGCCACGGGCUCGUCGUGAGCGACGUCGCGGAGGGCUGUGCCGCCGACGCCGCAGGUCUUCUCUCAGACGACGUGAUCCUCAGCGCCAGCGUGAUCGCACGCGGGGACGAGACGCUCAAGGAGCCGCAACUCGUCAAGGACGCGUCGGCCAUCGCCUGCGCGCUCUCGCCCGCCGACGCAUCGCUGCGCCUCUUCCUGGGCAGCGAGGAGCUCCGCUUCGAGGAGCACCGGAUGAUGGCCGAGGACGACUUUGUGCGGUGCUACCGAACCUACUGCUGCGACAACGACCUCGUGCCGCUCGGCUCGGAUGCCGCGAGCGGCUUCGACGUCUUUGCCGACCAGGCGCUGCAUGACCCGAAGAAGCCGCUUGCUGGGCUGGCCGGCGACGAUCUCGACCAGCAGCUCCGCAGCCUGUGGGCAGGAGCUCGCCCGGAAACGCGCAAGAAGUGCGACGACUUCGCGCACAAGGCCCGCCGCAGCACCGGCCCCCUCACUGUCGCUGCCUUCUGCGCCUUCCGGGACAAGCAGCUGGCGCGGGUCCGACGCGAGUGGUCCGCGUGGCCGCAAGAGAGGGUGGACAAGAAGCUGCUCGAGCUGUCGGGCGUCAGCGUCCCCGCCGAGCGGCGGCAGAAGCUUCUGCGCCUCGCCACCGACCAGGCGCGCAAGCUGUCCAAGCCGCACUGCUCGGAGGCGCUCUCCGACUUCAAGCUGCAGGCAGUCUCCCACCGCCUGACCGACGAGGCUGGCGUCGUGACCGCACUCGCCGCUCUCGAGUCCUCGCUGACCAAGCUCCUCGGCGCCGGCGGGGUUGUCGAGCAGAUGGCCACCUUCCUCGAGAGCGACCUGGCGAGCGACGCGGACGAGUGGGCGUCGCUCCGCGACUGGGUUCUGGAGAUGCGCCGCACUCACCUCGAGCUGGUCCGCGCCAAGCGGUACGACGAGGCGACCGCGCUGCUCGACUCGGCCAAGGAGAACGUCGAGGGGCGGCGCGAGGCGCUGCUGGCCAGAAUGAACGAGAAGAAUGAGGAGGCGAUGGCGGAUGCUGCCCAGUAUCGCGCACGCCCCGUCGAGGACGAGAACACGUUGGAGAUGGACCACGCGGCGGCCGCCGAGGUCGAAGCGAAGGAGGUGCGCGCCGCGUUGAACAAGAGCUUGCUCGGAAAGGAGAAGGCGUUCCGGGUGGCGAAGCAUCGCGCUGUGGCGGAGCAUGACGGCCUGACGGCUGCAGCGGCGAUGGCUACCCUGAACGGAUCGCUCGUGGAGAAGGAGUACUUGGAGGCAAAGGAGGCGUCCGAAAACGCCGAUGCCGACGCCAGCCGCGCCAACUCGCUUUUGCGCAACCUCGAGCGAGAGGCGCGCGAGCGGGCGGCGAAAGCCAAGCGAGAGUACGAGGCGUCGGCGGCCUUGAGGGCGGCGGCUCAGGCGCACAGCCAAAAGGCGUCGAGGUUGCUCCAGGCAGCCGAGCACCAGCUCGAGUCGCUCGCCGAGCAGGCCGACGCCCACGCGGCAGUGCGGGCCAUGCUGAGGAGCGCAAAGACGACCCGCUUCGUCCGCGGGUGCAGCACCGGCGGCGCCCGCCCGAGCGGCAUGCCCGCCAUCGCCGAGGCCGAGGAUGAGAGAGAGGCGGUGGAGGCGCCGCACCAGCAGCAGGUCAUCACGCUGCAGCUGCAGGUCGAGCGCAAGAGUGCCAUCCGGCUCGCCGUCGAGCGGCGCAGCGUGCCAGCGCUGCAGGCGCUACUCUCUGCCGCGGCCGCAGGCGCCAAGGCCAGCUGGCAUGAGGCGCCAGACGUGCGCCGCGCGCUCGCGGACGCGUGGCGCGGCGCGCUCGCUUGCCCGCCGGUCGACAACAGCGUCGUGCUCGGCCCUCGGUCUGCGGCGCAGGCCGACGCCCUCGGCGGGUGGCGGGCGCCUCUCGAGUGCUUGUGGCAGGCGCUGCCCGCCGGCGCACUCACGCGGUGGUCUCUCGGCGCUGCCACCGAGGGCGAGGUCGAGGCGUGCCUCGCGUCGGAGUCGCGCACGACCAACGGCGUGCUGGCCGGUGUGCUCCGCUCCGACGACGGCUCGUUGCAUUCGCUGCUGGAGUUGCUCCUGAGCCAGCGCGCCGCCGACCCAAAGGCGGGGCCGCACGCCCUCGACCGGCUGAGGAAGAGACUCGGCGAGUGCGGCAUCGACGAGGAGAGCAAGCCCGGCACGCCGCUUGCGCCAGGAGCGGCCCUGUCGGUGCUCGCUGGCGCGCCAGCGGACCAGGAGCUCUGCUCGCUGCUCGAGGGCAUCGCCGCCCUGCUGCCCUUUGAGGUUGGAGGGGCGCCACCGCUGCUUGAAGCGCUGCAGGAGGCGGCUGCGGGCGACGUGCGCCCUCGUGCCCUGCUCGUGGCGCACUUGUGCGAGGAGGCUGCCGACCUGAGCUCGGGCUGGUCGCCCCUGCAUGUCGCGGCGUGCAUGGACGACGUCGAGGCGACCGAGGCCCUCCUGCAGGCGGGCUUCUCGGCGCUGGCUGAGGCGCCGCUCACGGGCGCGACGCCGCUCUCGUGCGCCGCUGUCUGCGGCAGCCAGCGCGCGCUCACCUCGCUCUGCGCGUUCCAGCUCCCAGCUAUCGAGGCGGAGUCCAUCAAGACGGAUGCAGAGAUGAGGGCGGCGCUGACGCGGCUGCUGCCCGCGGUGGCGGAGCAGUGCGACGAGUCCUCGGUCACUCGGCUCGGGCCGAUGCUCACCUUGCUCGUGCGCCACGGCGCCAACCCCGCCGCGCAGAGCGAGCCGUUCGAGCUGAGCGCUGGCAGCCCCGCCCGCUCCCUCUCCCCCUUCGAGAUGCUGCUGCGGCAGUGCCUCCCGUGGCUCGCGUGGGCGCACCUGGGGCUCGAGAGCAGCAGCGGGCAGGCAGAGGCGGCAGCGUGGCAAGCCGCGGCGCAGAGCCUCGCCGUCGGCACGGCAUUCGCGCGGCCCUCUGAGGGUGAGCCGCCCUCCGCCGCCGCGGUGGGGGCGCAGGCUGUCGGCCGGCUCCUCCUUGCGUACGUGCCGUUUGGCAUCUGGCCGGCGAAGGCGCAGGAGGAGCUGAGGACGGCGCUCGUCACCAGGCAGGAUGGGCGGUGGGCUGACGCGCCACUGCACGCCUUCGCCAUGGCGCCGCACGCGGCUCUGCUUCCCGUCGCGCUGCUCCAAGGCGACGCCGACCCCAACCUGAGGUGGCCGGACACAGGCCGCUGGUGCGGCCAGUCGGCGACGCACCUCGCCGCCGCGGGCGGGCUGUACGUCUGGGGGCGCGACAGGGACCGACCGACGGUGCGCAGUGGCGGCGAGAGUGGCGCCGACCUGCUCAGGCUGCUGCUCGACCCGCUGCUCGGGAGGGCCAACCCGCUGCAGCGCGACGCGCGCAGCAACCUGCCGCUGCACCUCUGCUGCGCCAUCGACGACCGCGCGGUGGCAGGCCUCCUCGCGGCGCAGCCGGAGAUGGGCGCCCACAGCUUCGAGGGCUACGGGACGCAGAACCGACGGCACGUGACGCCGCUCGCGCUCUGUGACGCAAGCGGCGGCGUGGCGGCGCUCGUGGCCAAGCUGCGCCAGGAGGCCGCGCGGCUGGCGCAAGCGGCGGAGGAGCGGCUGCGCGCCGCGGGCGGCACGCUGCCGUCGAUCGAUUCGAUCCUCCGCCCCGAGGCGAGCGUGGCCGAGCUGCUCAGCCUCCGCGGCGCCGCCACCGGCGCCACGUCCAAGGCCGCCAAGUCCAAGCGUGCCGCUUCACCCCGCGCGCCGCCGACGCACAAGCCAGAGAACGGCGAGGCGGAGGCAGAGGCGGAGGCGGAGCCUUCACCGGCGAGCCUCGUGGAGCGCAGCCGGAAGCUCGUGAAGCGUCUCUGCUUCGGCGCCCAGCCGAUCCGCGUCGUCCUCACGCGGCACGUCUGGCUGCAGCUGACGAUGAUGGACGUCGCCAGGCGGCGCAAGGCGCUGGCGCUCUUCCACACGCUCGCCUCUGGCGCGGGCGAGGCGACGUCGAGCCCUUGCCCCGGCUCGGAGGCGGUGCCGCUGCGCGUCAGCGCGAGCCUGGGCAAGGGCGGCGAGGCGGUCUUCGCCGUCGUGUGGGAGCGGAGCAGCGAGGGGCGCCCCUUCUUCGAGGCUGCGCGCGGCGCCGAGGCGAUCCGCGUGUGGUCGAUCGAGACCUCCGACGUGUCGCUGCACGAGGUGGCGCUGUACGUCGAGGAGGCGUGGGCCUACGGCGAGAGGGGGCGGCGCGACACCGAGGGCCGCUUCCCGAUGGGCACCACCAACGAGCUCUCGCACCCGAGCGACAAGUGGCACCCGGUCCACGCCGAGGACGGCGGCGAGCUGGCGGUACCCUACGUCAUCAAGUGGUACGCCGUGAGCGACACGCUGCCCAAGCUCCUCCUCCUCAACCCGGACGUGCAGGACGUCCAGCUGCCGCUCCUCCUCGACGCGCACGAGGAGGCGCUCGUGCCGCCGCCGCAGCCGACCUGCUCCACGCUGCUGGUCGGCCGCUCCGGCACGGGCAAGACGUCCCUCUGCAACGAGCUCCUCUACCGCACCCACGCAGCCAACGAGCGGCGCCGCGUCGCAGAGCAGCGCGUGGCUGAGGGGGCGCCGGCCCGUCUGGAGGCCGAUGGCGAGGGCGCGCCGCCGCACGCCAACGUGCUCUUCCUCUGCAAGAGCCGCACUCCCGAGCUGGACGCGCCCCUCUUCCUCUCCUCGUCCGAGUGGCUGGUGCUGCUCGACCGCUGCCUGCCGCCCGACCAGCGCUGGUUCAAGUCCGACCAGGAGGGCUUCGGCCGGCUGCUGCAGGGCCACAGCUCGCUCAAGGACAAGCAGCUGCACGUGGGCGCGCUCUACCGCGAGUACCUCGCGCUCGCGAGCAAGCAGUCGCCGCUCGAGCCCGCGAUGCGGCCCGCCGCGUACGACGCCUUCGAGGAGUACCUCAAGAAGAAGAAGAAGAAUGGCCUGUACGACGUCUUCCACCUCAAGACGCAGCCGCGGCGCCACUCGCCGCUGCACAAGGUCGUCAUCGACGAGGUUCAGGACCUGACCAUGGCGGAACUGGCGCUGCUGCACGACACGUCCGCCGAUGAGGACGGCUUCUUCAUCUGCGGCGACACGGCGCAGACCAUCACGCGCGGCGUCGGCUUCCGCUUCACCGACGUCAAGCUCCUCUUCGGCGGCAGGCCGAAGCUGGCUCAGCUCAAGACCAACUUCCGGACGCACGCGGGCAUCCUCGGCGCGGCCAACGCGCUCGUCGGCCUCGUCACGCGCCUCUUCCCAAACUCGCUCGACCGGCUCGAAGAGGGAGCCCUGCUGCCCGACACGGACCCCGCGCGGGUGGCGGAGAUGAUGCUCGCCGCGGACGACAUCGGGCUCGGCGAGAUGGGCGCGAACCAGGUCGUGAUUGUGCGCAGCGCCUCGGCCAAGAAGAAGCUGCCGCCGCUGCUGCGCUCGGGGCUCGUCCUGACUGUCGAGGAGAGCAAGGGCCUCGAGUUUGACGACGUCUGCAUCUUCGACUUCUUCGCCGACUCCGACAAGGCUUGCACCUGGCCGGUGGUCGGCGCCAUCGACGGCGAGGUGGCGCCGGGCGCGACCGCUCCGCACGCCUUCGACACGCUGCGCGAUCAGGUGCUGUGCGUGGAGCUCAAGAUGCUCUACGUCGCCAUGACACGGGCGCGCAAGCGCUGCUUCGUCUACGACUCGUCGACCGAGCGGCGCGCGCCCCUCUUUGGCUACCUCAGCCGCGCGGGCGUCGCCGAGAGCGGGCUCGAGAGCCUCCUCUCCGUGACCAAGACGAAGAGCCGCAAGUCGAGCGCGCAGGACUGGCUGCGCCAGGCCGCCAAUCUCGAGCGCAACAAGCUGUGGGCGCACGCCGAGAAGGCGCAGCCUCUCUCACACGCGUACCUCAAGGGCGCCGACCGCGCCAGCGCGCUCGUGAUGGGCGGAAAGCGCCUCUACUUCGAGGCCAAGGAGGCGAAGGACGCGGCGGCGACGGGCCGACUCCUCCACCUCGCCGCCGUCGCGCUGCUGCAGGGCGCGGCUGCGCAGCCGGAGGGCGCCGCCGCCGACAGGCUGCGCAGCUCGGCGGCGCAGGUGUGGUGUGAGGCGGCGAUGACUGCGCCGACGCCGCGCUCCGCGGCAAAGUCCUUCUACACCAAGGCGGCGGAGCUGCUGCGCGACGGCUUUGGCCGCGGCCGCUCUGCGUCGCGGUUGGUCGAUGCGCUCAGCUGCUUCGUGAGCGCGGCCGCGCAGGCGACGCUUGCACCGCUGCCGUCGAGACGCGUGCUUCCUUCAAUGCACGCUCCCUUCAAUGACGUGGCCUUGGCGGCCGGGCAAGAGGCGGCGGUGGACGAGGCGGUCAAGAUCGUGGCGGCGAGCCUCCGCUGGGGUGCUUAAGGCGGCCCCGAGCAUGUGGCAAAAAGCAAGCGGCCUCGGCGACCAGCGCGCCGGCCGGGAGACCGGCGGGUGGGGGGUGGGGAAAGGUGGGGGAAGGUCAGAGGUGGCGGGGCAGAGCUCUUAGCGAGGCCGUCCCGCCGCUAAUCUGUGGCCGCUCUCCCCUACCGAGAGGCGUGGGCGAGGCGCGGGGCGGGGCGGCAGAGGACUGUGCACAGCCAGCCAUGGCGUGCGCGCGGCAGGUCCGCGUGCGGCCGGCGGAUCCGGCGUGGCGCACCGUGUGCGCCGCGCACCACACACGCGCGCAUGUGGACACAUUUGGGACCGGAAGGUCGGUCGCUCCUCCCUGCCUCCGCGAGUGUUUACCGGCAUGUCGGGGACGUGAGGGGUCGGCUCGAACUCCCAUGGAGUCUGCCAGUCUCUAUAUCUCUGCGCACUCUGGGGUUGAUGCGCCGUUUCUCUUACUCUUUCCUCUUUUCGUCUC